CUCCAAUGUUACUUCCAAUCCGGUGCUGUAAGGUCUGAGGUUUCGAAGUGAGAAAAAUGGCUUGCGUUGAUAAUGUCGCCCACGAUAUUCAAUCUAUACUCUCUUCUUCGGAGAGAAACUAUCUGGUUCGGAACAACGGCGAUCAGGUCAAAAUUGAGAGCUUGAAGGGGAAGAAAGUUGGCUUAUAUUUUUCAGCAUCUUGGUGCGGUCCCUGCAGACGAUUCACCCCUACUUUGGUGGAGUUGUACAAUCAAGUCUCUGCCAAAGGUGAUUUCGAGAUAGUCUUUUUGUCAAUUGAUAAAGACGAAGAUGCCUUCAAAGGUUACUUUUCCAAGAUGCCAUGGCUUGCCAUCCCAUUUUCUGAUUCCGACACACGCAAUCACCUCAAUGGAUUGUUCAAGAUGCGGAGGAUUCCGCUCCUUGUGAUCCUUGAUGAGAAUGGGAAAGUGGCAACGGAGAAUGGAACAGAAAUUGUAAGUGAAUGCGGAGCUGAAGCAUACCCUUUCACGCUAGAAAAGAUCAAAGAGUUGAAAGACCAAGAAGAGGAAGGCAAGAGGAACCAGUCCUUGAGGUCUCUUUUGGUCUUCAAGUCACGUGACUAUGUUAUAUCUUCUGAUGGAAAGCAAGUACCUGUGUCUCAACUUGAAGGGAAGACAGUAGGUCUGUAUUUCUCAUCUUUUUCAUUCAGAGCAUUUGCCGAGCUUACCCCAAAGGUUGUGGAGGUUUAUGAGAAGCUGAAAGGAAAGGGGGAGGACUUUGAGAUUGUGUUCAUAUCCGUCCGUGAUGAUGAAGAAUCAUUCAAACAGGGACUGAAAAGUCUGCCCCUGUUGGCAUUGCCAUUCAAUGACAAGAGCUGUGAGAAGCUUGCUCGUCACUUCGAGCUAUCGAACUUUCCCGCUUUGGUUGUUAUCGGACCAGAUGGAAAAACCCUUCAUUCCAAUGUGGCUGAUGCCAUUGAAAAGCACGGGGCUGCUGCAUACCCUUUUACUCCUGAAAAGUUUGCAGAGCUCUCUGAGAUAGAGAAGGCCAAAGAGGCAGCUCAAACACUUGAGUCUAUUCUGAUUUCUGGGGAUCUAGAUUUUCUCAUAGGGAAAGAUGGAAUCAAGAUUCCAGUGUCAGAUUUAGUGGGGAAGACCAUACUGCUGUACUUCUCAGCUCACUGGUGCCCACCAUGUCGUGCAUUUCUACCAAAGCUUAUUGAAUCAUAUCACAAGAUCAAGGCCAAGCAGGACAGUGCUGUUGAAGUCGUCUUCAUCUCCAGUGACAGAGACCUAGCCUCGUUCAAUGACUUCUUUGCUGGAAUGCCAUGGCUGGCUCUUCCCUUUGGUGACUCCAGGAAGUCAUUCCUGAGCCGCAAAUUCAAGGCGCAAGGCAUCCCCAUGUUGGUGGCAAUCGGACCCGGCGGCCAGAUCCUGACGAAAGAUGCUAGAAAUCUUGUUGCGCUUUAUGGUGCUGAAGCUUAUCCUUUCACUGAGGAAAGGGUGAAAGAACUUGAGGCUACAUCUGAGGAGAUGCCAAAGGGGUGGCCUGAGAAGGUGGCACAGAAGUCUCAUGAGCAUGAACUUGUGUUGACUCGCCGGGGGAUUUAUAUUUGUGAUGGUUGCAACGAGGAGGGUCACGCAUGGUCAUACUGUUGUGACCAGUGUGACUUUGAUCUGCAUCCAAAAUGUGCUUUGGAAGAAGAGAAACCUAAAGAAGAGAACAAGCAAGAGGGGCGGGUUUGUGAUGGGGAAGGAAGUGUGCUCUAAAGCCUGAAGAAAAGUCAAGACUCUCGUUCCUUGCAUUGGAGUUGUCUGAAGGCUUCAUAUUAAGUGUAUUUCAAAAUAUAUCUAAUAAUGUGCUUGCUGUCCAAACAAAAUAAGCAUGUAAAAUAUGGUAUGUUGGAUUUUAAUAUUAUAAUCCCCUUUUUUUUUAUCUA